GUGUGAGCCUUUGCUUGAGACACACACACAUACACACACACUACACGCCUUUGCCUACAGAACAGCAACUUUCUGUACUGGAGCUUCUCUGAUCUACCCAAACACACGCACACACUUUCACAUCUGUGUGCAGCUACAGAGGACAAAACACAGGCAUUAAGGAGCGGAGGAAGAUAAGGCAAGAGACGGAAGCAAACGCUUUUAAAUGGCCAACAUUGUGACAUCCUUCUGCUGUGUGGUGCUUGCAGCCGUGGUGGUGGUUUAUGCCCAAAGGCGCAGCCAGCAAGGUGCCAGGAUUCAGUAUGAAAGGAUAGGAAAUGAUGUCACUAUGCAGUGCGGCUCGCUGGACAACGACGCCUCGGUAACAUGGAAGGUGAACGGUACGGACGUGAAGGCCCGUCGGCGGGAAGAAGGACCGCGGCUCAUCCUGAUGGAAGUGAACAUGAGUAGUAACGGCCUGUACAGCUGCUUCCAGAACCCGGAUGGCCAGCGCCGCGACCAGAUCAAUCUCCGCGUCGGACUUCCUCCGAAGGAACCGCAGGUGACGUGUCGAUCAAACACCUAUCCCAAAGGUUUCUACUGCAGUUGGCACCUUCAGCAUCCCACCUACAUCCCUACGGACUUCGAAGUCGAUGUCCAACACAACCAGAGGCCCUUAGAGGCGACGAGGGAUGAAGUUCAUAAGAACAGAUGCCAUGUGAAGUUUCCAGAACUUUUCUCCAGCUUUCCUUACCGGGUCAACGUCACGGCAGUGAACUCUCUGGGUCGAGCUUCCAGCGCCAUCAGCUUCGAGGAGUCCUCAAUAGUGAAACCUGACCCACCUGAGAAGGUGGUGGCCAAACCCGUAGCCAACAAUGCACGAAGACUAGAGGUGACCUGGAACAGUCCCAGUACGUGGCCCGAUGUGGAGACCUUCCCGCUGAAGUACUUCCUGCGCUACCGGCCGCUCAUCCGAGACCAGUGGCAGCAC